UCUCCCUAUUUACUUUUGAAAAAAAGAAAUAAAUAAGAUAUGUAUGCUUUAUAUAAUAAAUCGUAUAUUACACGUACAUAAAAACCCUAGAAGUUACCCUUACAUCAGCAGUGCCGCAAAAGUUGGCACGUGUUCGGAUUGUUCGGAAAUUUCUAAACAGAACAUUCUUGCCGGCCAUUCGAUCGGCAGAAAGAUUGAUUAUAUACAUACGUUGGUCUAUCUGUUUGACGGAUUCAGCAUUCUUUAAUUAGUUGGAGUGAUAUACAUGGAUCAUGGAGCUUCUUCCGAAUUUGUAAAUCUGGACAAGCUUGAUGGGUUCGACUAUAGCAGCUGGGUAGGCAGAAUGAAGUUUCUGCUGUCCUCGCUUAAUGUCUAUUAUGUUCUUGAUCCAAACCUAAUCCCGAUUCCACAAGACCCAACAGGGAAGGAAGCUAAUGAUGAAAUCGAGAAACGACGGAUGCUCCGAAAAGAGGACGAGGAUUUAUGUUACAAGUACAUCAAGAACUCAUUGUCUGACCGCCUUUGCAAUCUUUACGCUUUAGGAAGCAGUAAAAAUCCACGACUACUUUGGGAAACAUUGGAGAUGCGCUUCAAAGACAAGGAGCCCAAGACGAAUAAAAAUCUAGUACGGAAAUAUUUGGAUUUUCGUGUGGUUGAUGGGAAAUCAGUAACAGAGCAAGUGCACGAGCUCCAGGAUCUUGUAAAGACACUAGAAGCUGAUUCAGUUUUCCUCCCUGAGGCAUUCCAGAUAGUUGCUAUUAUGGACAAACUCCCAUCUUCAUGGAGAAUGUUUUUUAAGAGGAUUCUGAUGAAUAAAUCCGAUAAACAUGGUGUGUCUGCGAAGAAAACUCCAGUUGGAGAUGGUCCAUCAACUACAAAACUGGCAGUUAAGCGUAAGAUUAACUUCAAGAAAACUGCACCUCUGAAACUACAUCGCAAUGUUGGUCACCGAAAGCCUCAACACAUGAAAUUGGGAAGCAAUGAUUUAAACGCGCUUGAUGUUGAGUUAGCUGACUUGGUGGCACAUGUAAACCUUAGCAUGUAACCAGGGAGGGCCAACUUUUAAUUUUAAAUGAUAUAAAUACUUGUUCUUUUUUCUUGAUUCAAAUGUUAUUGCUUGGUAGUUGGUACAAUAAUUUCACACAUAACUUGGUAUACUUUGUA